CUCAAACGGAGCUCACGGAAAGUUUUGUACCACCAAUUGUUCAAGCUUAUUUGUCUCCUCGAUCUUGACAACGUGAUCCGCAUACUCAAGGAUAUUUUCAAUGGCUUCCAUGAACAACGAAAGAGCCUCAUCAUCUUCCUCUUCCACCCAUCGAUUGACAUACGAAGUAUUCCUCAAUUUUAGAGGUGAGGACACCCGGAAUAGUUUUACGAGCCAUUUAUAUACUGCGUUGGAUCAAAAGGGCAUUUACACCUUUAUAGAUGAUGAAAAACUUGAAAGAGGAGAAUCAAUUUCACCUACACUCAUGAAAGCAAUAAAAGAAUCGAGGGUUGGUAUUGUCAUUCUCUCAAAAAAUUAUGCAUCUUCAACGUGGUGCCUAGAGGAACUUGAAGAGAUUAUUGGAUGCAUAACCAAGACAGGAAUGACAGUUUUACCUAUUUUUUAUUGUGUGGACCCAUCUGAUGUACGAAAGCAGAUAGGAACUUUCAAACAAGCUUUUGAUGAACAUGAACUACGUUUCAAGGAGAACAUAGAGAAGGUGCAGAAAUGGAGAGCUAUUUUGAAAGAAGUGGCCAAUACCUCAGGAUGGCAUUUACCAAAAAGCACUGAAACAAAAGUUAUACAAGAAAUUGUGCAAGAGAUAGUUAAUAAAUUGAGUUCUACAUAUAUAGUAGAUACCAAGGGACUAAUUGGAAUAAAUUGCCGAGGUGAGGAAUUGAUGCCACUUUUAGAUUUAGAGUCAAACACUGUUCGCAUUAUAGGAAUUUGGGGGAUGGGAGGAAUGGGCAAGACAACUCUUGCUAGAGUUGUUUAUGGUAUGAUUUCCGAUCAAUUUGAGGCUUGUAGUUUUAUUGCUAAUGUUAGGGAGGAUUCUGAGAAAAAGAGUUUACUUUGGUUACAACAAAAAAUUUUGAAAGAGCUUAUGAUGGGCAGUGAUAUGAAUAUACCAGAUAUUGACAGCGGCAUUCUCAUGAUCAAGAAGUGGUUACGUUACAAAAAGAUUCUUCUUGUUCUCGAUGAUGUAAAUAAAUUAGACCAAUUAAACAAAAUAGCUAGGGAGAAUGAUUGGUUUGGUCCAGGUAGUAGGAUUAUCAUAACAACAAGGGAUGAGCAUUUGUUAAGGACACGUAAAGUAGAUGUAAUAUAUGAGGCUAAAGGAUUGAAUGAUGUUGAAGCCUUUCAUCUUUUUAAUUUGAAAGCUUUUGGAGAUGAGCAUCCUAUUGCAGAUUAUCUAGAGUUGUCCAAAGCCUUUGUACACUAUGCUAAUGGCCUUCCCUUAGCCAUUGAGAUUUUAGGUUCCUUUUUGUUCAGCAAAGGUAAAGAUGAAUGGAAAAGUGCAUUAGAUAGGCUAAAAGAAUAUCCUGAAAGAGAAAUUCUAAAUGUGCUUCAAAUAAGCUAUGAUGGACUACAAGAAACAGAGAAGGAAAUUUUCCUGAAUAUUUCAUGUUUCUUUAAUCACAUGAAUGAAGAAACUAUCAUAGAAAUAUUAGAUUAUCUUGAGCUUUACCCUAAAAUUGGAUUAAGGGUUCUUAUUGAUAAAUCUCUCAUCAAAUUGCAAGAAAAUCAAUUGUGGAUGCAUGAUUUACUACAAGACAUGGGUAAGGACAUAGUUCAUCAAGAGUGCCGUGAAGAUCCUGGGAAGCGUAGUAGACUGUGGUUAUAUAAGGACAUUGAUGACGUGCUGACAAAAAAUACGGGGACAAAGGAAAUUCAAGGCAUAGUGCUAGAGUUGCUUGAACAACAAGAAAUGGUCAAAUGGAAUCCUGAAGCCUUCUCAAAGAUGCAAUAUCUGAAAUUUCUCAAAAUUGAUAGUGUUCACCUUAUGCACGACCUCAAACAUCUUCCUAAUAGUUUAAGAUUUCUUGAUUGGAGUGGGUACUCUUCGAAAUCUUUGCCAUCAAGCUUCCAAUCAAAUAAACUUGUAAAACUUCGCUUGAGAAAUAGCUACAUUGAACGACUAUGGAAAGGAGCAAAGGUAAUUUAG